AUGACUAUCCGCAAACAAAGCCCUCGUCGAAAAUAUGGCACCUUUCCUCAAGACUCUGCCUCCGAGUCCGACGGAUCAGUCGGUGACGGUGACUCUCACACAUCAUACCACCAAACAGACUCGGACAAGUCGAGAUCCGCUGCCGUGGAAGCCCAGAGGCUAGCUUCACAGGGCUCAUGGGCCGACACCUUUGCAGGCGGCACACCUGCGACAAUCCAAACCCCAGCAGCGUCAACAGUCAAUGGUGACGAAGCGACAAACGUGCAAUAUCCCCACCUCGCGCAAGAACCUGAUCUGUCGGAUCCGCCUCCACUCUAUACACCAUCAGACACGACAGCUCCAUCUCCUGUUGUUGCAAGAUCCGUAGCAGCGUCAGAGCCAGUAAGCGCACCCGUGGCUGCCCCUUCUUUCCGCUAUCCCUUGCAAUACUCUCGCCGUGAUGACGAGAGUGAUGACGAUGAUGAGGAAGAGGAGGAAGAGCAGGGCGAUGAUGGUGCUCUACUUCCCGAGCCCGUUCAGCACCAAUCCCAACUUCAACAUCAUCACAACCGUACCCCAGUAGCCGAAGGCGACAGCAUCCCUACAUUAUUGCGCUGGCCCGACAAAAGCUCUUCAAAGAGGUGGUGCGGAGGACACCGUAAACAGCGUGGCUGCGGUGGCCGUCGGCGUGGUCGAGGAGGUGGCAACAAAGAAAGAGCGCGACGCUUUAAAAGGGCAUGCUUUUUCGUCUUCGCCCUCCUGCUGUGCCUUUGGCUGAUGAUUCCGGGUUUGUUGAAAGCACUUCCCAAUGAUGGAAGCUCUCAGUUCCCCGUUUCCGACCCCAAGUCAUCCUCGUCUCCUUGGCCUCCCGAGAAACGCGUCCAGCGCCAGCACGAGACCUCUCGCUCCAUCAGGGGCACGUACCAGCUUUACGACUUGCUUGACCUCUCCACGACGAGUGGCAGCAUAUCUGUCGACGUCGAGGUGCAACCGGGCGAUCAACCCGCCGUGCUCCGUAUUGCGACCUCCUCAGGUAGUGUUCACGUUCGGAUGACGUCGGAGCGUGGCUGGUUCCACAAGCACAUCAUCCCGGAGGCAGUCAAGGAGCGCACUCUGCAAACUGACAUCUCGACUCAAUCCGGAAGUGUCUCUGGUGCCCUGGUACAUGGAAAUGGCGGGUCGACCCGCAUUUCCACCCACUCUGGAUCCAUCUCCGUCGAUAUCUUCACCGUCGGCGUAUCGGAGCAGGACCCGGCCUCCAACAUCUCGACGACCACGGAUUCAGCCAGCCAGAAUAUCAGGUUAGUCGCACCGCUGGACUCGAGUGAGCCAGUCAGAGCGAUCGGAGCCUCUCACACCGUGCUGGGCAGUGGCAGCAUGUCUAUCAGAUAUCCCAUGGAGUGGGAAGGGACGGUGCAUGCCCUGGUCCAAGGAUCAGGGAGUCUCUCGGCCGUCGGGCACGGUCUGGUCGUGCGUCAGCAAAACUCCCGCGAGUUAUAUGGAUAUAAGGGAAACAAAGAAGGUCGGCAGAUUGAGGUUUUCGAGCAAGGCAGUGGGAGUGUCAGGUUUCAAUGUUGA